GGGAUUUCUGUGGGUCUGGCACCAAAGGUUAGUUGGAUGUGACAGGGCUGUAAUUCAAUUUCCAGCAAAGACACUGUCCGUUGAGUACAAGGCAGACGGUGCCACUGGAUUUAGUUGGCUAAGUUUGAGAGAUAUACAAGUCUGACUAUUGAUCCUUCACACGUCUAUGAACUUUUUGGAUAGUUCUGCUAAGAACUUGAUAAAAAUAACAACGUUCUUGGAAGCACGGCACUGUGAAUUACCUUGUGUUUAUCAACACUGUUGGAUCUCAUGGCUUAAUUAACAUGGUUCUGGUGAAUGGAUGAUUCAGAACCUGCCCAAACUGUUUCUGAGAGUAAUUUUUAUAACACACACCGGCAUUCAUUAUGGAGAACCCGCCACAAGCUGCAGGUGGGGAGGACCCCAACAAAAACGCGAAAAGAAAACAGAAUGAAGACGACAGUAAAAACAAACCUAAAUCGAACAUACACAUUAAAACUUUGGCUGAUGAUGUGCGGAACAGAAUCACCAGUUUAAGGAAAUCGGGUCCCAAGCGUGAGAAGCUUCUCAUUCAGCACCCAACAGACCCGCUGACCAUUGCCAACGAGCUGCCCGCCCCGCAGCCCCUCUUCGAUGAGCGAUCCAUGAACCUGUCCGAGAAGGAGAUCUUCGACCUCUUUGAGAAGAUGAUGGAAGACAUGAAUCUGAAUGAGGAUCGCAAGGUUCCACUGCGUGGGAAAGACUUGAGCAUCAAAAGAGAGAUGGUUGUCCAAUACAUCUCCGCAACUGCCAAAUCUAUAACAGGGAGCAAACCUGCGGGAGGCCUAAGGAACAGCAAGCACGAGUCUACACUGUCAUCACAGGAAUACGUGCAUGAGCUGCGCUCCGGAAUCACAGAUGAGAAGCUCCUCAACUGCCUGGAGUCUCUGAGAGUUUCUUUGACCAGCAACCCUGUAAGCUGGGUUAAUAACUUUGGACAUGAAGGCCUGGGGCUGCUGCUGGAUGCUCUGGAGAAGCUGCUGGACAAAAGACAGCAAGAAGGAAUUGACAAAAGGAAUCAGCACAAGCUUAUCCAGUGUCUCAAGGCAUUCAUGAACAACAAGUAUGGCUUGCAAAGGAUACUGGGAGACGAGAGAAGUCUUUUACUUCUGGCCAGAGCUAUUGACCCGAAACAAACCAGCAUGAUGACAGAAAUAGUGAAAAUACUUUCUGCCAUUUGCAUUGUUGGAGAGGAAAACAUACUUGAUAAGAUCCUGGCAGCCAUGACGAUUUCAGCUGAGCACAAUAAUAAAGAACGCUUUGCUCCUGUUGUGGAGGGGUUGGACAACCAUGAAGCGCCCCAGUUACAGGUGGCAUGCAUGCAGUUAAUCAACGCCCUGCUCACCUUUCCAGAGGAUCUGGACUUCAGGAUACACCUUCGGAAUGAGUUCCUACGCUGUGGGCUGAAGAAAAUCCUCCCUGAGCUGAAAGAGACGGAGGAACUUGAUAUCCAGUUGAAGGUGUUCAAUGAAAACAAGGAGGAAGAUUUAAUUGAAUUAAAUCAUCGGCUUGAAGACAUCCGAGCUGAAAUGGAUGAUAUGAAUGAGGUCUACCAUUUACUGUCCAACAUGGUGAAAGAUACGGGGGCAGAGAAUUACCUCCUCUCCAUGCUGCAGCAUCUCCUCCUCAUCAGGAAUGAUUAUUACAUUAGGCCGCAGUACUACAAGGUAAUUGAAGAAUGUGUUUCCCAGGUCGUGCUGCACCGCAGCGGCAUGGACCCAGACUUUGCAUACCGAGGAAGGCUGGACAUUGACCUCACUCACCUUGUUGAUAUGUGUGUGGAUAAAGCAAAAGUGGAAGCAAGUGAACAAAAGGCAUCUGAUUUUUCCAAAAAGUUUGAUGAAGAGUUCACAGCUCGACAGGAGGCGCAGGCUGAGCUCCAGAAACGAGAGGAGAAAGUCAAAGAGCUGGAAGCACAGAUCCAGUCACUGCAGGCCCAGGUUACCAGUGCUGUGGCAGGAAUCCCACCUCCUCCACCGGGAGGAGAAGGACGCCCUAAGGGGGAUUCCCCCCAGCCGCCACCCCCAGGGGGUCCAGGGGCACCCCCACCUCCACCCAUGUUCGGAGGUCCCCCCCCACCUCCUGUUAUCAAACUGCCUUAUGGACUGAAGCCUAAGAAGGUGUACAAGCCUGAAGCUGCCAUGAAGAGAGCUAACUGGUCCAAGAUUGUGCCUCAGGAAAUGACAGAAAACUGUUUCUGGAUUAAAGUCAAAGAAGAGAAGUUUGAGAGCCCUGAUCUCUUCGCUAACAUGACCCUCCUAUUUGCCACCAAGACCAAAGUGAAAAAGGAUUUGGAUGAGCCAGAUAAUUCCUGGGCUCCACAGAUAAAGAAAAAAGUGAAGGAACUGCGCAUUCUGGACACCAAAACAGCCCAAAACUUGUCUAUCUUUCUGGGUUCAUUUCGUUUGCCUUUUGAAGAGAUCAGAGACAUUAUUCUGGAGGUGGAUGAGGAGAGGCUGAGCGAAGCGCUGAUCCAGAAUCUGAUAAAGAACCUUCCGGAACAGAAAGAACUGACUGCUUUAGUGGAGCUGAAGGACGAGUAUGAGGAGCUGUGUGAAUCAGAGCAGUUUGGCAUCGUGAUGAGCUCAGUGAAGCUGCUGAGGCCCCGGCUCAACGGGAUCCAGUUCAAGCUGACGUUCGAGGAGCAGGUCAGUAACAUCCGGCCUGACAUCAUGAACGUGACCUUCGCAUGCGAGGAGGUCAAGAAGAGCAAGAACUUCACGAGGCUGCUGGAGCUGGUGCUGUUGGUGGGGAACUUCAUGAACUCUGGCUCCCGCAACGCACAGACAUUUGGCUUCAACAUCAGCUUCCUCUGCAAGCUUCGAGACACCAAGUCUGCUGACCAAAAGACGACCCUGCUGCACUUUCUGGCUGAUAUGUGCGAGAAGAAACAUUCAGACAUUCUGAAGUUUACUGAUGAGUUGACACACGUGGAGAGUGCCAGUAAAGUCUCUGCCCAGAUCCUGAAGGCCAGUCUCGACACCAUGGAGCGACAGAUCCAGCGCCUGGAGAAUGACAUCAAAAACUUCCCCAAUAAUGACGACGAUCCUGAUAAGUUUGUUCAAAAGAUGGCUGGCUUCUCCAAGUAUUCGCGGGAGCAGUUCGAGAAGCUCUCCAUCACGCACAAGAACAUGCAGAAGCUCUACGAGAGCCUGGGCAGCUACUUCGUCUUCGACCCGCAGGUCGUCAGUAUCGAGGACUUCUUUGGAGACCUCAGCAACUUCCGCUCCCUCUUCCUGGAAGCUGUGAAGGAGAACAACAAGAAGAGAGAGAUGGAGGAAAAGAUCAAGAGAGCCAAGCUGGCGAAAGAGAAAGCAGAGAGAGAGAAGCAGGAGAGACAGCAGAAGAAGAAGCAGCUGAUUGAUAUGAACAAAGAAGGAAACGAGACUGGUGUGAUGGACAAUCUGAUGGAGGCGCUGCAGUCAGGGGCUGCCUUCCGCGACCGGAGAAAACGAACUCCUCGAAAUGGUGAGCAAAAUCCACCCAGCCCGACAUCGCAAUGGCCAUUUGCUAAUAACGAUAACCGACGACCAGUCUUGGAAAGGUCACGUUCACGUCACAAUGGAACCCCCUCCGCUGUAUGACUUUCCCAACCUCCCCUCGACAAAGUGCCAAAGAGACAGUGCUGGGAUGUGAAGAGCUUUGAACAGACAUCAACGUCAUCACCAUCAUAAAACAGAACAAGUGAACUAAAUAGUUAUGGGCUUGAAAGAGGACCUGCAGAAAGCUAAAGGAGAAUCAGGAAAGUGGAAUGCAAUGUCUACGGUCAUACCGCUGGACACAUAUCCUUAGCCUUAUGGACUGUGUUUAUUUUCUUUUUUUAAUUGAAUGCAUUAGGAGUGGCGCAUCUGUCUAUUCCUGGCUUACUUGGUAGUGUCUUUAUGCCUGAUCAUCUAUAGGAUCUAGAAGGUCAAGCAGAUUGCUGGUACCCUUUUUCAGUUCUUUCCAAGUUAUCUUUGAAUUUUAGCAUGGUGUCAAGACUAGGGCAACCUAGCCCCCCCUGUACUCCCUGUAAUUUAGAGGCACACAUUGUAUUCUGAAUAACAUCAUGCUAUCUUAAAAAAAAAAAAAGUUUAUUAUUUGAGUUUGAAUUGUUAAACUGAACAAUUUUAUUGAAAGCUGGUUUUCAACAUAAAUAGGGAAGGUUUGACACACAUUAGCCUGACAUACAAGACAACGACUACACAGCCGUUUGCUACAUUGACUAAUACUCUAAUGUACGGGUAUGUCUGGUGCUGUGUCUUGUGGUCUUACUACUGGUCAUAGUAAAAUGACUAUGUGCCUGUUUACUGAGAAGGAAUGGAUGAAAGCCAUGGUGGAAAUGAAAGGUCAGUUUGAGAAUGAGGAAUGCGUCAUAAAAAACUUAAUAAUGAAUAGUAAUGAGUAGCAUUGGACAAUAUCACAUACAAAGGUUUAUCAUCACUGACCUAUUCUUGCAACAUGUAAAAUGUAUAAAGAUACUGCACACAUAAAAUAAGUGCUUUAGAAUUUACAUUUCACACAGUUGAAUUGAAUUAUGUCAGCUUUAGGGUCUUAAUUAUAGGUUCAGGAACCUGCACAGUCUCUACUAAAUUCAAAGUAUUUACUUGUGUUUAGUUUUUUAACAGCCCCAAGCAGUUCAGACUCCUUUGGAUGUGCACAGUGGGGCAAAUCCACAGCCAGGCACUUCGUUCCAAGUCUAAAUGAACUACCACAGCAGUUGUGCAUGCAUGAACAGGCAUUUUACAACACGUACAGCGCACACAUGCAGCACUAUCUAAUGAAUCCGCACCUUUAUCACGCACACAUUUCAAUUACACAUGAAAACACAGUUUUGCAUGAUGAUGUGCUUCUGUUUCUUUUGGCCUCCCUAUAAGAGGUCCAUGUGGUAGAAGGUCUUGUCUGUAUAAGAUUAACUAUUCCUGCCUAUGGAAGCAUGCCAAGAGCUUGUAAGAGAGUAAUUAGGAAACUACAUUCACAGAGAGCCGCAGUCAUGUUUCCAGUAACUAACUAACCAAAACACUCAGGC